AUGGAUUCCCAGCGAAAGUACGAGAAUGUCAGCCUCGAGGACCACCACAGCGACUCGAGCACUGAGGUCGCCGAAUCGCUCCUCGGGGAUGAGAAGAACUGGGAUGCGGAGGAUCAGCAGAGGCCGAUGCCAAGGUCAAGGACGAGCAAAUUCAUGUCAAGGCUGAAGUCGUCAAGGUGGAUGGUCGACACCGCACUCCUUCUCGUCAUCCUCGGCCUACUUGUACGACAGCAGUUUGGUAGCAACAGCAAGGGCUCGGCAAACGAAUGGGACUUUGGUGGAGACUUUACAGGUGUCGGUCCAAGAUUUUCGCAACAAAUCGUCAAGUUCAACCCCGACCCUUCAUACGCACCAAACAACACGAAGGAGUUCUUUACAGACGAGAUUCUGCAGAAGUGGAACAAGCUGAUGCCCAAGGGCAUGGGCUUCGUGGCCGUCGACCAGCCUGAGAAGUACCACGACCUGCCGACUCCCAUCGAGUGGCCGGACAAGACCGUCUUCACCACCUCCAUGACACAUCAGCUGCACUGCUUGUACGCCAUUGUGCAGACCUACUCCGGCAUGUCGUCCAACACGCCCAUCCCAGACGACCAUCACUGGCACAUGAUUCACUGCUUCGACUACCUCCGACAGAGCAUCAUGUGCUGCAGCGACAUGGCUCUCGAGGGCCACGCCACUACCUUCCCGGUCGACAACUCCGGAUCUGAUGGUUGGGACUCCAAGCACGUGUGCAAGGACCCUAACCAAGUUCGCGAGUAUCUGGAGAGUGUCAGGGCAUACGAUGACCAGUUGAUCUACUAA